AUGAGUUCCACGAUUUGUACCACUACGGAGACACUGAAGAUGAGCAGCGAAAAUAUCCAACGGAGGGUGCUUUCGCCGCUUGAAGCCAUGGGUCAUCAGGGUAUAGCUGUCGAAGCAAUCCCCACGUUUGACUCGAUGGCUUCCAAACGCAAAUGGUUACUUGAGCAUCUCGCAGGUGCCUUUCGAGUGUUUGGCCGUGAGGGCUACGCCGAAGGCAUCGCUGGACAUAUCAGCGUUCGGGACCCAGAGUUUCCUGAUCGAUUCUGGAUGAACCCGUUAGCGGUGCAUUUCUCGAUGAUGAGAGUCAGUGACCUCAUUUGCCUCGACAUGCAAGGCAACGUCGUUGCAGGGAACAAGUCAGUGCCAGCCAACGCCGCAGGUGUGUCGAUACACACAGCAUGCCAUUUGGCGCGGCCUGAUGCCCAUGCGAUAUGUCAUGCCCACUCGCUAUAUGGGAAAACAUGGGCGGCAUUUGGGCGACCACUGGAUAUGCUCAGUCAAGACGUCUGCUACUUCUACAAAGCUCAUUCUGUCUACGACAACUUUGGAGGUAUUGCUUUCGCAGCUGACGAAGGGACCAAUAUUGCGCACGCCCUUGGAGACAAUAAAGCGGCGAUCUUGGUGAACCAUGGCCUGAUCACAGUUGGUCAGACUGUAGACGAGGCUGCAUAUUUGUACACUCUUCUAGAGAAGAGCUGUCGUAUUCAGUUAAUGGUCGAAUCUACUGGACUACCAAAGAGGAUUGUACCCGAAGAGGAAGCAUCAAAUACCUUCCGGAUGGCUAGUACUCCAGACACAUUGUUCGUCGAAUUCCAACCAAGCUACAAGUUGGAGGAGCACCUAGACCCGUCGUUCAAGAACUGA